AGAGGAACCAAGUGCCAAAAAAAAAAACCAAAUUUAUAGAGAGCAAAAGUAUAACUAACAUCAGUUUUUAUCCUUCCCUGUCUCUCUUUUUUUUCCAAUCAGUUUCAGAAGUCCAUCCUAAUAAGAUCCAUGGCAGCGAUAGAUAUGUUCAGUAGCAGCACUGAUCAUUCUGAUCCUUUCAAAGAAGAGCUCAUGAAAGUACUUAACCCUUUGACCAACUCUGUCUCUUCUCUUCCUCCCAUUCCAAACACAAUCUUCGGUUUCAAUCAAACCGCACCUCUCGGUCUAAACCAGCUCACACCUUACCAAAUCAACCAGAUCCAAAACCAGCUUAACCAGAGACACAACUCCAACAUCUCAAAUCUCUCUCCAAAGCCUGUACCAAUGAAGAACAUGGCCGUUCAGAAACUGUACAGAGGAGUCAGACAAAGGCACUGGGGAAAAUGGGUUGCUGAGAUCCGUUUGCCCAAGAACCGGACCCGACUCUGGCUUGGAACUUUCGACACGGCUGAAGAAGCAGCCAUGGCUUAUGACCAAGCUGCUUACCAGCUUCGUGGCGAAUUAGCGAGGCUUAACUUCCCACACAUGAGGCACGAGUAUGGAUACGGAGGUGGUGAUGGCAGCUUCAAGCCUCUUCAUCCCUCUGUUGAAGCAAAGCUCGAAGCGAUUUGCCAGAGCUUGAGAAAGACAGAGGAUGAUGAUCUCCCCCGUUCUGAAACAGAGCUUUUCCCGCCAAAAGCAGAGGAGUAUCAAGAAAGUGAAUAUGGGUUUCUGAGAGCUGAUGAGAAUUCGUUUUCUUAUGAGUCUCAGGUUGAAUCAUCUUCGCCAGAAUCUGGUAUUACCACUGCGUUCUUGGAUUUCUCGGAUUCAGGGUUUGAUGAGAUUGGGAGUUUCGUGCUGGAGAAGUUUCCUUCUGUGGAGAUUGAUUGGGAUGCGAUUAGCAAGUUGUCCGAAUCUUAAGUGUUUUGUCUUUAACAUCAGUGUCUGCUAUUAUUAGUUAGCUAAUCUCUGCAACUUAAUUUUUGAACAGUUGUGGGAGAAUCAUCUAGGUUUUGUUUUCUGUUGAAAUCUUCCUCCAUGUGUUCGGUCUGGCUGGUUUAUGUUUUUUUCCUUCACAAACCUUGUCUCUGACCAACCGGAGAAGCUUCCAUGUAUUAUAUCAUCUUUAAGUUUCUAAUGAAUGUAAAUUAUUCUAAAUUAUACUCUUUCUUUUGUUAUUAUCA